AACGUUGGCUUAAUAAUCUGAUAGCAUGUUCCAACGAAUCAUUGGCGAACGUGUCCUACUCUGCCUGAUUGUGGACGUGAUCCUGGUUUCUGGAUCGUUUUGGAAUUACCCACAGAAUCAGCAACCAAGGACACCCAGGCAUGCUUCCUGUCCCUCGUGUAGUCGAGAUUGCCCAGACGCUCUGGUAUCUUGGUACAUGCCACCAUCCAGAAGGGAGUACCGCAACACAGAGUCCUUCCAACCAUUCCAACCCUCGUCGUCCUUCGAUCCCGCGCCUUAUGGUUCCUACAACAGGGCCUCUGGAAGCAGAGGAACACCCGAGUAUCCCCGUAGACGCGAAAACCCCUUCAGCUUCCAGAGGGAAUUCGAUUCUGACGUUGCUUCUGCACCGUCCGCCCCUGUUCAGAACUCAGGCGAACCUGUGAAUCCCUACCAACCUCGUCUCCCACUUUUCAAACACCUGGACAGGUCUCCCUACCGAAAACCUAACUCCUACGACGUGAUCAGACCUCAGUCCAUGGGAAUAAACAACCGAUACUCUGAUUAUUACUCCCCUGACGAUGAACCCUACAUGGAAGACGUCCCCAGGUCGUCCUAUCCUUCUUGGGAUAGGCCUUUGAGACCCUUUGGAGACCCUCAAAAGAAGAUACACGUGGUCUAUAGGGCUGACAGGUACAACGACGACUCCAUGGAGGAAGAGAAUCCCACCACUGGACCAGAACAGUUUCCUAGGUGGCAGAUUCCUCAUAGGAUCUCUGGAAACUCUGCAGCUGGACCAAGAGAGGAGGGGUUUGACGGAUUCCCACAACCCAGAAGAGAUCAGCCCAGAGAAUCCAGCUUGGUUUACCAGCCAGAGAUAAAGUAUAGUCCUUACAACAUACGACCAGACCUGAACCUUUUGAAGAUGAUGCAGAGUGUGGCUAAAAAUGGAGUCGUGAUUGGCAGUGGCGGUGCCUGGCAGGAUCUGGGGGGGCAGGGGUCUGAAAACAGAACGCUUAUGGCUAUCGAGGGUGAAGACAACAAGGAUGAGGUUGUUAAAGAGAUGGAGGAUCAGAGAAAGAGUGGUUUGGAUUCUCAGGAAGACCAAAGGCCGGAGUUCAAGGGGAAGAGGGACGCUGAGGGUGGAAGCAUUCGUGGAAAGAAUGCGGACGAAUCUGAGGAGCCAAAGAACACGGCUUGGGCGGAGUCUUCAACUGAACUUGGGUCGUUGGAAUCUACGGAACCUAGUACCCAACCCCAGUAUAUCGAGGUGGAUGCGAUGACAGUGGGACCUUUGAUGCUACCUUAAAAAGGUGGAAACGAUGACUUGCUGUCUUACUCUUGGAGACAUCUAGGGAACUAUUAGGAAAAUAAAGAAAAUAAUAAAAGUGGU